GCGGGGCCGUGUCGGCGCAGCUCCCUCCCCUCGCCAGCCCUUUGGCGGUCACCGGUGGGGUUAGGCCGCCUCGUCACCGACUUCGCUGCCCCCGCCCCGCCCACCCCUCCGGCGCCACUUGGGCUCGCCUGCCCCCCUUCAGCCAACAUGAGCGACCAUGAUAUUUCAGAAGAAAUGGUUAUUGUCAAGACUGAGAAGAUAGAAGAAAGUUGCAGCAAUGACGGAGGGAACUGUGAGGGCCAGGAGUCUCAGCCUUCCCCUCUGGCUCUGCUGGCAGCCACGUGCAGCAGGAUUGAGUCUCCCAAUGAGAAUGCCGACGGCUCACAGGGACAGCAAGGGGGCUCAAAUGAACUGGACCUUGCUGCUGCUGCAACUCAGAUGUCCCAAAAUGGCAAUGGCUGGCAAAUAAUUUCAACUCCCUCUGGGACUUCUGAUUCUCCAAAAGACCAAGGGACUAACAGCAAUGAUGAGAGCGACUCGUCAAAAAACCGACCCGCUGCCACCGGGCAGUAUGUGGUCACCACCGCUCCCGGCAUGCAGAAUCAGCAAGUCCUGACAAGUUUGUCGGGAAUGAUACCCAAUAUUCAGUAUCAAGUGAUCCCCCAGUUUCAAACUGUGGACGGACAGCAGUUGCAGUUUGCCACCGGCCCCACCCAAGUCAGCGUCCAGCAGGAUGCCUCCGGCCAGCUGCAAAUCAUCCCCGGGACAAACCAGCAGCUCAUUGCAAACAGGUCAGGGACCAGCAACAUCUUGGCUGCCAUGCCAAACCUUCUGCAGCAGGCUGUCCCCAUCCAGGGUGUUAAUGCUCUCUCAGGGCAAACUCAGUAUGUCACCAACGUCCCACUAGCUUUGAACGGCAAUAUCACGUUGUUGCCUGUCAACAGCAUCGCAGCCAGCUUGGCCCCCACCUCUCAGUCAGUUACCUUGAGCACCUCCAGCUCUCAGGAGGGCAGCUCUCAGCCAGCCACUUCCGGUGCCUCCAUCAGCUCUUCCGGCGGGGCCAUUUCCCAGGCCAGCUCGGGCUCUUUCUUUACCAACGCCAACAGCUACAAUGCCACCACCACGAGUAACGUGGGCAUCAUGAAUUUCUCCACUGGCACCCUGGGAACAAACGUUCAGGUGCAGACGUCUCAGAGGACGAGCGGCGCUCAGAACGCCGACGCUUUGCAGAUCGCCGGAGUCGCAGGGCAGCAGAAAGAUGCUGAUCAGAAUCAGCAGCAGCAGCAGAUCCUGGUGCAGCCUCAGCUUGUGCAAGGAGGACAAGCAGGCCAGACCUUUACUACCCAAGAUGCUUUGCAGAACUUGCAGAUCCAGACUCUCCCCAAUACCGGUCCCAUCUUUAUUCGAACGCCCACCGUGGGGCCAAAUGGGCAGGUCACCUGGCAGACGCUGCAGCUGCAGAAUCUUCAGGUUCAGAACCCGCAAGCUCAGACAAUCGCCCUGGCUCCGGUGCAGGGAGUGUCCCUGGGGCAGACCGGGAGCACCAACACAACGCUCACACCGAUUGCUUCCGCCUCUCUGCCCAGUGGCACCGUCACUGUGAACGCCGCUCAGCUGUCCUCCGUACCAGGCCUCCAGACAAUUAAUCUCGGGGCCUUGGGAGCAGCAGGGAUCCAGGUUCAUCAGCUGCAAGGGCUCCCACUCGCAAUAGCAAAUGCCACCGGUGAUCAUAAUACCCACCUCAGCCUUCACAGCGCUGGUGGUGAUGGGUUGGCUGACGACGGCACCGUCCUGGAAGAAGGGGAGAACAGUCCAGAUGCCCAGCCGCAGCAAGGCCGAAGGUUACGCAGGGAAGCAUGCACUUGCCCGUACUGCAAAGACAACGAAGGAAGGAGUUCUGGGGAUCCAGGCAAAAAGAAACAGCAUAUCUGUCACAUGCCAGGCUGUGGGAAAGUGUAUGGGAAGACCUCUCACUUGCGAGCCCACCUUCGGUGGCAUACCGGGGAGCGGCCCUUCGUGUGCAGCUGGGUGUACUGCGGCAAGCGCUUCACACGCAGCGAUGAGUUGCAGCGACACAAGCGGACACACACAGGAGAGAAGAAGUUUGCCUGCCCGGAAUGUCCCAAACGCUUCAUGAGGAGCGACCACCUCUCCAAGCACAUCAAGACCCACCAAAACAAGAAGGCAGGCCCGCCCAACAGUGUGUCCAUGGACGUCUCCAUGGACCCGGGCGCUUCCAUGGAGGGUGCUGGGGCGACGCCGUCCACCCUCAUUGCGACCAACAUGGUGGCCAUGGAGGCGAUCUGCCCCGAAGGCAUCGCGCGCCUGGCCAGCAGCGGCAUCAACGUCAUGCAGGUGGCGGACCUCCAGUCCAUCAACAUCAGCGGCAACGGGUUCUGAGGC